UAUGAAUGCCCUAUACCCAGAUGAAACCGUACCCAACUUAAGUCAUACCCAUAUUGGAAACAAGAAUGAACGCCAAGAUGGAAGGAAAGUUGCUGCUCAAUCAAUAAGAUUAAAGAUUUCUAAUAACCUGGAAGAACCUCAAUUAGACAUUGAAAGACUUUCAGAACUUUUGAAAUUAGGUAUCAAAGAAGAUGUCGGAAAAAAGGGUGUACAGCUACAGCAAGUAUCGGAUUAUAUGACAAAUAAGCUUGAUCAACAUUCAGAUCAACUAAAUUAUGCAAAACAAAUUGGCAUUGACCCUGCAGUAACUAAAUCUAGAAGAUAUUUUAUGGCUUGGACAAAGAAACCACUACAAACUAUUAUCAAUUUCCUUAUUCCUGCAACAACAACUGGUGCAAUUGGAAUGAUAUUGUAUUGGAUAAAGAUGAAAGGAUUACAUAAAAAUGUAACACAAAGAAUACUAAACAGAUUCAGAAAAACAAAUGACAUUAAAUCCAUUGAGGAAGGCCAACCCUUAAGAGUUGUCAGCAGCAGGAAAGGUCAAGUUAUUAUUGCCAAUGUUGAACCAUCAGUGGAAUGA